AUGGAAAGAGUAAAGGAAGGUGGACGUCAAUUAGUUGCUGGGGGAACUGCUGGGAUGAUUGAAGUUUGUUUAAUGCAUCCUUUGGAUUUGGUUAAAACAAGGCUUCAAAUUGGCGGGGGACAUUAUAAGGGACUUUUGGAUUGUUUUGGGCAGAUAAUUAGAAAAGAAGGACCUUUGGGUUUCUACAAAGGAAUACUUCCCCCAAUACUUGCCGAAACCCCAAAACGAGCAAUUAAAUUUGCAACGUUUGAUCAAUACAAAAGUUUAUUGGAGCCUUUACAAGAAUUUCAAGUUCCUUCGUAUGCUUUUGUUAUUUGCCCAUUUGAAGCAGUCAAAGUUCGCCUUCAAUCAGAAAUGAAUGUUUCCCUUACUCAACAAAAAAGUGCAGUAACAAUGGCUAGGGAAAUAAUUAAAACAAAUGGUUUGGGCACAAAUGGAUUAUAUUUAGGGCUUGGGGCUACUUUAUGGAGACACGCCCCAACUCAACAAUCAUCCUCACAAACAAAUUCUUCGGGUAGUGUACUCCUAAAACUUGGACUUGGAUUUAUUUCUGGUUCAAUAGCUUCUAUUGCAAAUAUUCCUUUUGAUGUCGCCAAAAGUCCCCAACCAAAAGGAAAAUCUAGAACAUAUAUUACAACUUGGCAAACAAUUUCAUUAAUUAAACGAGAAGAGGUAAUGCGACUUGGUCCUGGAGGAGGAAUUAUGUUGGUUGUAUAUGAGACAGUUUAUGAAUUUCUGUCUAAACACGCAUAGAAAAAAGAACUGAUUGAAAGGAAGUAUAUAAUUUUAGGAUUGAUUUUGGAGAUUAUUUAAAACUAGAUUUUUUAUCAAAACCUACCCGACACUUGCCCUCCUUCCCUUCUCUAAAUUUCUAUAUUUUAAAUAUUUUUUAAACUUGCCUUAUUUUUUAAAUUUUUAUUUUUUUUUAAAUCCCCCAAAAUCCCUUUCUUUUAAUUUUUUGCAUU